AUGCAAAACCAAGAAAAUAUACAAAACCCAGAAACUAAACAAAACCAAGCAAAUCCAGAUACUAUUAAACAACCACACUUUAAUUAAGAAUGUCCUUAUAAUUCAGUUUAACUUCAUACUAUUACAUUCAAUAAUGUAUGGGAUUACUUAGUGCAUUUAUAGAAAUGUCAUCUAUUAAAUUAGAGAUCUGAAAUUAGAUAAUCUUCUUAAUAUUACAUGUGUCAUCGUUGUCUAAAAGUUUUUGAGGAAUUCUAAUAAUUAUUAGAUCAUAAAGAUACAGAACAUAAAAUGAAUUUUGAAUAGUUAUUUGAUAAUAAGCCAGAAUAAUGGAUACAUUUAUCAAAGAAGGGAAGAUGGGAAAUUAUAAAACUUAUUGAAAAUUACAAAGAUAAUUAUCUAAAUAAAAAGGAUACUAAACCUGAUAAUAUAUUUCCUUCAUAUUAAACAGAUCCACGUUUAAAUACUCCUAGAGACACAAUAGCAAAAAUUAGGAAUUUACAUAUAGAGAAAAAGGAGAAAUUGUAAUUGUAUUUAUUACAAUCCAAAAUUUUAGAAUCUGCUUAUCAUAAAUUAUUUAAUCAUUAUAAAGAUCUAUCUAUGAUCAAUAAAGAAUAUCCUUAUAAAUUAACUAAAGAUUCAUUUCAUUAAUUAAUGAUUAAACACAAUAUUAAAUUGAGUAAUCAAUUAUUUGAUUAAACAAAAGUUUGUGAAUUUAUGGAAACUGCUUUAACUAAUUAAGAAGAUCAUAUUAUGUAUAUGAAUAGAAGAACUAUUAAUAAGUAUUUUUAUCUUUGGAUUUUGAUUCAUGAAGAUGUUAAUCCAUUUUAAGGUGUUCAAUUUUAAGAACCAUGGGUAAUUCUAGCAAUCCCAACUUCAUCUGAACAAUUAUUGAAUAUAUCUAUUAAAAAACCUAAAGAUAAUAUAUAAUUAUUAGAAUUCUAAAAGUAAUUGAAUGAAUAAUUGGAGAUUGCAAAAUAAAUAGAAUAAGAGAAGUAUAAAUUUGAUUAAAAGAAAAUUGAAGAAAGUAAAGUAUUUGAAUAAAAGAUAUAAAAAUUAGAAAACUUAGAAACAUAAUUAAGAAUUCAAAUGACUACAUAAAAUAAGUAUUUAAAUGAUUUUGAAUCAGUGAAAUAAUAAUUAAAAGAAUAAUCUAUAAUAGAUCUUUAAGAUCGUAGUAAUAAACUUGACCAUUAUUAUUAAGUUUAAAGAACUAAAAUAUAAAAUGAUAUGACUAAUCAAUCAGAAUUAUUUAAAUUAGCUGAUGCUUUUGCAAAAGAGAAAUAAAAAUUAUUAUAAAGAGUUGAAAUAUAUGCUGAGAAAAGAAACAAAAUUCAUUAUGAAACUUAAGAUUUAAAGGAAUAAAUCACUAAUUUAGGUGAAAAAUUAAGAUAAGAUGAAUAAGAAAGAUUAAAAAAUAAAACUAGAAGAAGAUAAAGAAUUAUAUAGGAAUUAUGUAUAAAAUGUUAAAAAAAUACAAGAGAAGUUAUUCAUUUUCCUUGUUAACAUUUUCUAUUUUGCAUUUAAUGUAUAAUUUAAGGUAUGGUUGAAAAAAGAUAAUAAUGUCCUUUAGUAGCAAUUGGAUAAUGUAGAGAUUAGAGAUAUUUAGAUAAGAAAUUUAAGACUGUCAAAUUCAGUAAAAAUGAUUGA